CAGGAAGGGGAUUUAUUACUACAGCUUAAGGGCUUUUCGACUUCGUUGCUAUUUGCUAGAACUUUUCAUGGGAAACUUUUGUUAGUGCAUUAUCUAAAACGGUUUAAUGAUUUAGCUAUUAGAGAGGAUACAACCUCUCUGUUUGGUGACAUGGAGGAAUACAAGGUGACUCUGGAUGGACCAGCCCCCUGGGGGUUUAGACUACAAGGAGGCAAGGAUUUUAACAUGCCACUGUCCAUCUCCAGGCUCACACCAGGGGGGAAGGCAGAAGUCACCGGGGUGAAUGUGGGAGACUGGCUGCUGCAGAUUGACGGUGACAAUACCACAACAAUGACACAUAUCGAGGCACAGAACAAGAUCCGAGCCUGCAGCAACAAACUCGGUCUAGUACUCAGCAGAUUCGCACAUGGAGCGGGAAAUCAGUCUAAGGGUUUGCUUACUCCUGAAUCCCAAGCUGUGAAGUAUAACUUUGCACCAAGCACGGCCCUCAACAAAACUGCCCGGCCGUUUGGUGCCGGGACACCACCCCCAGACAACUCUCGGCCAGCUCAGGUUGCCAAGCCCGUGACAUACAACCCCCCUCUACCAUCCUUUACCAGCAGCCCGACCAACAGAACCCAGCACCAGAACGGGCAGGACGGGAGGACAGUGUCAACGGUUACUGGUCAAGAUACCACAGAACAUUCAUCACCCCCAGUAUCUUCUGGUCCUGCAGUGCGCCCUCCUUGGGCUAUAGAUCCCACAUUUGCUGACCGCUAUGCCCCUGACAAAACUACCACUGUCAUGACCAAGCACAGCCAACCAGCAACUCUUACUCCAGCCCAGAACCGCAGCUCAAUCCUGCAGGCAGCAAAUCCACCCUCCACUGGGGACAAGACUCCCAUUUGCUCCCAAUGCAACAAGGUCAUCAGGGGUCGAUAUUUGCUGGCUCUUGGGAGUUACUAUCACCCUGAGGAGUUCAAAUGCUCUCAGUGUCAUAAGGUGCUUGAUGAAGGAGGGUUCUUUGAGGAAAAAGGAUCCAUUUUCUGCCCUCGCUGCUAUGAUGUCAGAUUUGCACCAAACUGUGCAAAGUGCAAGAAGAAAAUCACAGGGGAGAUAAUGCACGCCUUGAAGAUGACAUGGCAUGUUCAGUGUUUUACCUGUGCUUUUUGCAAAACACCUAUACGCAACCGAGCUUUUUACAUGGAAGAGGGUCAGCCAUACUGUGAAAAAGAUUAUGAAAAAAUGUUUGGCACCAAAUGCCGUGGCUGCGACUUUAAGAUUGACGCUGGUGAUCGUUUCUUGGAAGCUCUGGGAUUCAGCUGGCAUGACACCUGCUUUGUCUGCGCUAUCUGUCAGGUGAAUCUGGAAGGGAAGACAUUUUACUCCAAGAAGGACAAACCUCUGUGCAAGACCCAUGCUUUUUCCAACGUUUGAUGAGCGGACUCACUCAUGUGGCACACUCACACACUCACUCACAAGGGCAGACACUUUCACAUCAUCAUGAACACCAGGCCUGCUUUCAUGACGUUGCCCAAGCGCACCCUUGUGAUUUGCACAAUGUGAUGGUCUAUUAGGUCCUGUAAAAUCCAUGUUUAGUCUUUAAAAUAGAUACAUGAGAAAGUUGAAAAAGUAGACAUUUGAUAUUUCAGUCGGCCUAAUUGUAAGCUCAAAACCACCAAAACCAAAAGUGUAUUUUUAAUAAAUAUAAAAACAGUGUCUUAAGCUCUGGUUAAAUUCAGGUGCUAAUAAACUUCUAAGGUAGAAAUAGAGACUCCAGUCACCCACACUGCAACUGUGUGUAUAAUCAUUUUAUGGUAGUCUUAAUUCUACCUCAUUAGUUCUUUAUGUGCAUUUUGUGAAUUUAGAUUGUAUAUGUUCAAACGUUGUUGAUAGGCCCACCCUUUUCUUAAAGUAUUAACAUGGGCUAAGUAAUAACCUUUAUGUCUGUCUUAUGUACGAAGGACUACACAGAAUUAAAUUUUGUAUAAAAUCUAGAACAAGGAAUUGAAGGCCAAAUAUCAUAUCUCAACUAACAUGCUUUAGCAUGUAUCACCCAAAUAGGGUUAAGCCUAUAGGAUCUAGAAAUGAUUAUCCAUUUAAUAAGGAUCUGACAUUAUGUACUAGGAGUCUGAGGAUAUAGAGGGCUGACUUGCUUGUGAACAAAAUGUUUUUAAAAGCCAAAACUUUCAAGCUUUCACCUGCAUAACAUACAGUCAGCUCUGGGUUUGCUGCAUUAUAAGCCAGAAAAGUAUUGCACAACUGAAGUAUAAAAAAAAAAACACAUUAUGGGAAGAAAAUCAUUUAAAAAAACUCCUGGUAUCCUAAAUAUAGACUCCAGCAGUGCUUCUAUAUAGAGGGACACCAUAAACAGCUAAAGGAACAAUUUUGGAUAACUUGAGGGUCUGACAGUUUACAAUUUCUAGGGUGGGGUGUUUGUAACUCAUGGAGGGGGUGACAACAGGGAGGGGACCGUUUACAGAGGGUUGGGCCAUCAUGUAUACAUAACAUAAUUUGUAAGCAUUAGCAAUGUAUACACUUUUUAUAUAUAAGAUUUAUGUACAGUAUUCUUUUUUUUUUUCUUUUGCUGUAUUGGGGCAUCAUAACCAAUUGAAUAUUGCACAAAAUACAGCAUAACUGCUCAAAGAUGUGGUGUCAACUAAACAAAAUGCCUUGCUCUUGCUUCUUCUAAAUUGGAACAGUCUCUCACUUUUAUGAGCCCAGUGGGUAGCAGAAUCCUAAUGUAAAUUAGAAAGAAAAUCCGUGGCACUCAAUGGAAGUGAAAAGGAAAUGGGAGUCAAACUUUCAUGAUUCAGAUAGAGCGUACACAAAAAAAAAAAAAAACACACUUUCCAAUUAAAUUCUAUUAUCAAAUCUACCUAUUUUACUUGGCUCCUUCCAUGAGAGCAUACUGAGGUAGAGGCUCAGGAGUGUGCAUGUGUCAUGAGCACUAUAUGGCUGCUGUGUUUGCAACAAUGUAAUUAUGUUAUAUAUAUACAUAGUGCUUGUUCCUGAGCCUACCUCAGUAUGCUCUUAUAGAAAGAGGCUAAGUGUCAUCAAAAAAUACCAAGAGAAAGAGGCAAACAUAUGUAAAAUUAGAAAUUCUUUUAUUAUAUGCCAUCCUCUAAAUCAUGAAAGUUUCAUAUUGACUUCUGUAUCCCUUUAAGAAUUUUACAGUAGUGACAUAAUAGAGACAAUGUGUAAAUCUGCUUGACACUGUGCUCAGUAUUUCAGCUUAUAUAAGUGUGUUAAUAUACCUGUUAAAUGAGUACUUCCAUUAUUCAGUUCAAACAACUGCUUUUCAUUUUCUACCUGUGAGAGACCUUUCCCUAUAUGUAAGUUUCAGUAACCUACAAACUAAUGUUAAUGCUCGAGUGAUGAGGUUGAACGUCCCAGAAAUAUUAAUGUGUUUUUUUUUUUGUCAGAGUAAAAAAAUUGUGUUUAUAGCUGAGUUGGUCCCAGUAAAUUACUUUGCAGGUUACUGUAUAAGGUAAUGAGUCACUAUAUAGCAUCUGAUGAAGAAAUGGUUUCUAGCUUUUCUGCAUUUACAAAAAUACCUCAUACAAUAUAAGCAUUUGCCUAAGAACCGCACUAUGGGGCAUAUUUAUCAAGCUCUGUACGGAGCUUGAUGCCCCGUGUUUUCGGUGAGCUUUCAGGCUCGCCGGAAACAGAAGUUAUGAAGCAGCGGUCUAAAGGCCGUUGCUCCAUAACCUGUCCGCCUGCUCUGAGGCCGCGGAUAGAAAUUGCCAGAAAUCAACCCGAUUGAAUACUAUCGGGUUGAUUGACGCCCCCUGCUAGCGGCCUAAUGGCCGCAAAUCUGCACGGGGCGGCAUUGCACCAGCCGUUCACAAGAACUGAUGGUGCAAUAAUAAAUGCAGAGAGCAUGUGCUGUCGGCAUUUAUCGAUGUGCAGCGGACAUGAUCCGCUAUAUCGGAUCAUGUCCACUCGCAGAAUCAUAAAUAUGCCCCUAUGUUUUUAGUAGUAUCUUGCUAUUGAUUAAUAGGAUCCGAUUCCUACAUCUACAUUGCUCACAAAACAAGGCUUUAGUCUCUUAUCUGGGUUUUCAUUUUCCCUGUGUAUUUUAGAAGGAACCUUUUCAUUGUACACGUCUGUAACAUUUUAUUCAUUGCUGUUUCUGUUACAAUUUGUUUGUUUGAACAUUUUACUUGUUUGCAUCUUAUUAAAUAUCACUGCAGAACA